AUUGGUUUAAAACACAUCACGGUUUAAAAUGGUGGGGCGCAGAUGGAUAUAAAGAUCGCAUUCCCAAUUCUUGUGAUCCGAAAAGGUUGAGGGAUAUAUUCGAGGAUAAGCCCUCCAUCGUUUCUCUCCACAGAACGGAUUCAAUGUCUGGAAAUCCAGCAGCCACGGUCCCGGCGGGAUCGCUCGCCGAGGCCCCGGCGCCCGUGCCCGUGCCUGCCGUCGCCGGCGAGCGCGGCCUGUCCGUGUCGCAGGCCAUGUCCAAAGUCAUGGAGAAGGGCAAGACGGCCUUCAUCCCGUACAUCACCGCCGGCGACCCGGACCUGGCGACGACGGCGGCGGCGCUGAGGCUCCUCGACGCCCUGGGCGCGGAUGUCGUCGAGCUAGGCAUGCCCUUCUCGGAUGCCUCAGCCGACGGGGCCGUCAUCAAGGCCUCCGCGGCACGCGCGCUGGCCGCUGGCGCGACGGCUGACGCCAUCAUGGCGAUGCUGAAGGAGGUGACGCCGGAGCUUUCCUGCCCCGUGGUGAUCUUCUCCUACUUCAGCCCCAUUGCACAGCGAGGGACGGCGAGCUUCGCCGCCGCCGUCAAGGAAGCCGGCGUAAAAGGUCUUAUAGUACCCGAUCUUCCUUAUGCCGAGACAAGUGCUUUCAGGGAUGAAGCAAUCAAAAACGAGCUAGAGCUGGUUUUACUUACAACACCAUCUACACCGCCAGAGAGGAUGAAGGAGAUCACUGAAGCUUCAGGAGGCUUCGUUUACCUUGUAAGUGUCGACGGAGUUACAGGUGCCCGUGCAACCGUGAACCCACGCGUUGAGAGUCUUCUUAAGGAGAUUAAGCAGGUCACUGACAAGGCAGUGGCUGUAGGCUUUGGAAUUUCGACCCCUGACCAUGUUAAGCAGAUUGCAGAGUGGGGUGCAGAUGGAGUGAUCAUCGGGAGUGCAAUGGUAAAGCAGUUGGGUGAGGCGGCUUCUCCAGAAGAAGGGUUGAAAAGGUUGGAAGUCUAUGCCAGGAGCUUGAAGGACGCCUUGCCAUGAUAUAUGAAUGGGUGAACUCCAUUUUUUACCACUUAGUUUCACGUCAAUCACUGACGAAUUAAUCCCCAAAGAGACACAUAAGUUGUUCAGAGGGUUGGACACCCACAGAUGGCGUCCAAAAUCUAAGGUCGUAGCCAUAUGGGCUAAUCUAUGCGCCUCCUCAUUACAAGAGGGCCGUUCGUAGGCAAAUUCACAGGCCAAGCAUUGAGUAGAGCGAGACAUAAUUUACUUCAAGAUCAUGCAAUUGUCACCCAGGUGUUUUGGAGAAUGAAGUUCUUUUAUGACUCUUGGACAGUCA